AUGUCAACAACCUCAAAGGGACGCGAGGAGUACACGAUAGGAUGGAUCUGUGCUCUGUCAAAAGAACAAACGGCGGCGACUUUAAUGCUAGACGAAACCCACCCAAGCCUAGAUUCGAAACCACACGGCGACACGAAUGCUUAUACCCUAGGAUCCAUCGGUCGCCACAACGUGGCUAUCACGUGCCUGCCCCUGGGAUACUAUGGCACAAACCAAGCAGCUAAGGUCGCCAAUCACAUGAAACGUACCUUUUCGUCUAUCAGGAGUUUUUUCCUUGUAGGGAUUGGAGCGGGAAUUCCGGGCAAAGUUGAAUUGGGAGACGUUGUGAUUGGCACAGAAUGGGCUCAAUGGGAUUUCGGCAAAACGAAUCAGCAUGGCAUCUUUGAACACACGGGGAAAGAGUGCCGUCCGCCUCAGGAGUUACUAUCGGUGAUUCAAUCGUUGCGAUUACGGCAUGAGCUCCAGGGAAAAACAAUGAUACCUACAUACCUCGAUGAUCUGAAGGCAAACCAUCCGAACUUAGAGGCGGAAUAUACAUCAAUCGGGGACCCUAAAAAAGCCGAGGUACACUACGGCUUAAUCGCUUCCGGAAACCAGGUUGUCAAAGAUGAAAAGCUUCGUGAUUCGAUAGCAAAACGCCUUAACGAAGAAGUUCUAUGUAUUGAAAUGGAAGCUGCGGGCCUAGUGGGAAUCCCCGCUAUUGUUAUACGCGGCAUCUGUGAUUACGCUGAUUCAAACAAGAAUGACGAGUGGCAGGAAUAUGCUGCAGCCGUCGCUGCAGCUUGUACAAAGGAGCUAUUAGGGGUCAUAGUACCGGCGACGGCGAUUGACGUACAGGUACGGCAGAAAGAGUUUGAUGAAGCAAUUGAUAACCUCACGAAACUUAAGAAAAACCUGGAUGGAGAAGAAAAUCGGAAAAUCUUAGACUGGAUAACUUCAAUUGAUGACAGCUCUCGGCAUAAUGACACCCUCAACCGACGGCAACCGGGAACCGGCGAAUGGCUUUUAAAUUCAACUGAAUACCAAAACUGGCUGAAUACAGCAAGGGAGGUACUCUUUUGCCCUGGCAUUCCUGGCGCGGGUAAAACGAUUCUGUCAUCGAUUGUCAUCGAUCAUUUAAUUGAUCGCUACUCUUACAACCCAGCUGUUGGUGUCGCGUACAUUUAUUUCAACUACAAAGUGAAUGCCCACAUCACAGUGGAUGAACUACUGUCAAAUCUACUGAAGCAAUUGGCACGGACUCAGGAUCCAUUAUCCAGCUGUGUGAAAGAUCUAUACGACCGAUGUAAGGGUAUCCGGCCUCCACGAACGGAAAUUAUCAAAGCCCUUGGCGCCGUCGUGGCCUCAUACUCAAGAGUUUUCAUUGUCGUUGAUGCCCUCGAUGAGUAUGAACGGUGCUCAGAAUUUCUAGGACAGCUAUUUGAGAUUCAUAAGAAUUACGCAUUAAACAUUUUUGCAACCUCACGACCUAUUCCAGAAAUCCGCGGUAUCUUUGAAAGACACGAGAUCAGCUUGAUGGAGUUGGAAAUACGGGCAUCAGAAGCAGAUAUAAUAAAAUACCUGGAAGGCCAGAUAUUACACUCAGGGGGGAACAUCGUACGUAAGAACAAGACAAUAGUUAUAGAUAAGAUCUCGAAACUUGCUCAGGGAAUGUUCCUCUUAGCGCAUCUCUGUUUCGAAACGAUAAAAACCUCAAGGUCGCUUAAGAAGUUAAACGAAGCCUUAGAGAGUUUUACCGCCCAGGGGAAGUCCUCUGCCAGUGCAUACGAUAAUACGUACCAAUCCAUUAUAGAAAGCAUUCAAGAAUAUGGAGACAUAGUAUUGACGGAAACAGCUUUUCAAGUUUUGUCUUGGAUAAUCUGUGCAUCAAGACCUCUUACUAAAGCAGAGCUCCAGUAUGCGAUCGCAGUAGAACAUCCGGACGAAGCAUCCGAAAUCGAUAUGGCGAAUCUUUCCGACGUUGACGAUCUCGUUUCAUACUGUCGGGGCCUAGUUACCAUCGACGAACAGAGCAACAUCAUAAGGCUGAUCCAUUAUACAAUGCAAGAAUAUUUUGAACGGACUAAAAUGACCUGGUUCCCCAACUCCCAUAGCGAUAUUGCGAAAAUAUAUGUUAUUUACCUUUCACACGAUACAUUCAAAUUGGGGCCAUGUUCAACCUACGAAGAGUUUAAGCAGAGGCUGCAGUCAAACGCUCUAUACAAAUAUGCUGCAAAGAACUGGGACUACCAUAUCCGAGAAUCUACAAAUGAUGUUGAGAAGCCCCGCGAACUUAGCACGAAUUCUGACGUCGAUUGGUUUACGAGACGAGUUGAGAUGAUUGAAUUGGCUAUUAAUCUUCUUUCGGAGGAGGAUAUACGAUUGGCUUGCGUCCAGGCUAUGUUCACCGCGAGUGAAUAUGGAUUUUACGGCAGAGAAUCCAUAGACCGGGUGACAGGGCUCCAUGUUGCAUCACAUUGUGGGUUAACGCUAGUAACGAAAGUAAUGUUGGCGGGCGAUGGAGUAGAUCUGGAGCUUGCAGAUAAUAGAGGCCGUACAGCGUUAUUGUUCGCAGCAAAGGAGGGGUACGAAGAUAUCAUGCGGGUUUUAAUUGACAGCGGUGCGAAUCCGGAGGCGAAGAAUAGUUCUGGCGAAGCGGCAAUUUCACUUGCGGUCGGAAACGGGCACGAAAGCAUAGUGCAAAUGCUAAUAGGGAUAGGAGUAAACCUAGAAGUUAAGGAUCAUCGUGGUCAAACACCACUGUUUAUUGCGGCGCGAAAUGGGUCUGACAGUAUAUUUCGUCGGUUAAUGGAAAGCAAAAGCGAUAUAAAGGCGGUAAAUACGGAAGCACAAACGGCACUAAUGGCUGCGGUGGAACGGGGCCAUGAAAUGAUCGCAGAGCUGUUGAUAAAAAGCGGGGCAAGCGUGGAGGCGAAAGAUAAGAACGGUAAAACGGCACUAAUGGUUGCGGCGGGGGGAGGCGGGAAGGAUUUCGUAGAGCUGUUGAUAAAAAGCGGGGCAAGCGUGGAGGAUAAAAAUGAGGAUGGUGAAACGGCACUCUGGGAGGCGCUUGGUUAUGGUGAGUGGGGUGCUUUAAGGAUGCUGAUGGACCGAGGGGCGGACCUGAAAGUUAAAAAUAGGCUGGGUGAAACCCUUCUAAGUCAGUUGGAUUACGAUGAGGAUAGUGACGAUGUCAGAUACCUCAUCGAAGCCUUAAUCAACUGGGAAGACGAAGACAACUACCGAGAAAUUAUGUUAACUUCGGCAGCCUAUGGGUAUGAAGAUACCAUCAGGCUUUUGAUGGAAAAGGGAGUGGAUUUGACAGCUUUCGACGGAAAAGAUGGCCAACAGUUAUUACGGAACGCGGUAAUAGGUGGCUAUGCCAGUAUCGUUGGGUUGUUGGUAGAUCAGGGAAUAAAUCUGGAUCAGUACGACGAUUUAUUUGGCGGAACACCACUAACGUUUGCGGUAGAAGAAGGGGACGAAAGUGUUGUCAGAGCACUGUUGGAGAGGGCAGACCCAGAUGCUCCAAACGAUGAUGGGACAACACCUCUUCAGGUAGCUAUAGAAAAGAAGAAACAAGGAAUGAUUAGGAUGCUGGCAGAGAAGGGGGCGACACUUGAUGCCAGUUCGCUAUAUAUGGCAUUUAAAAGUCGCAAUAGGGAUAUCAUCAAAUUUUUAAUGGAGAACGGGGUGGAUUUGCAAACCAGAGAUAUCAAGGGUCGGACAGCGUUGUCGGUGGGGGUAAGUGGUUAUUGGCUCUAUGAUCAAGAUACGCUUGAGCUGCUUUUGGAGCAUGGAGCCAACCUGGAAUCCAUGGACAACCGUCUUCAAACUCCGCUAUCGAUCGCAGCUGAAAAUGGGCACGAGGACAUCGUCAGGUUUUUAGUAGAAGAAGGGGCGAACUUACAAAUGAUAGACGAGGAGGGUAAAACACCGCUCCAACAUGCGAUAACCAACGGGCACGAAGAUGUUAUUAGAACAUUGACAGCAAAAAAGAUUAGACGUGAGUACUAG